GUAAGCCGUUGUCUGCCAGCCUGCCUGUCUCUGACUGUCUCGGGACGCCGAGUCCUCAGCUUGGGGUCGUGGACGACUGGACGUCCACUCCUUGGGUUGUUGGUCGUCGCCGUCGCCGCGACUGCGAGGCGCGGGGGAACGUUAUGCGAAAAAGUUGUCCAGGCGAGGGCGAACAGGGUCAAGGGGCGAGAGGUUGUGCGAGCUUGAAGCAGGCACCGUGGUGGCGAGGGAUAAGGCAGAGUUGAGUAUUGCUUUGCGUCACGUUUGUGAAGCCGGCAUUUUCCUUUGUUACCACCUCCACGUUACCACCUCCUGUCCAUUUCCACACCUACUCCCAGCAUGUCACGACCAGCAUCAUUUCUCUAUCUUUUGGUGUUGCUUAGCCUCUUGAGCUCGUGCAGCCUCGCUGCGCCCCUGAGUAGCGACGAGGCUGGUGUUGCCAGACAAUUGUCUUUGCCGCUCCAGGUGAGGCAAGAUGGCGGCCAGGGAGCGAGCUCGAAUAGCAGCGGCGGGAGCGGCUCUUCAUCGUCAGGAACAGCAUCUCAGGCAGCGCAGUCUACAAGCUCUCAAGACGAAGAUGAUCACUCGUCGUCGUCAUCCUCAUCAGCCCAGACAGACUCAAGCAGCGCCGAGGGCAGUUCAUCUGCCGAAGGAGCAUCAUCGUCGGCAUCGUACCAAGGCGAUGAGGAUGAGUCAUCGAGCAUGAGCUCUAUCUCCGCAUCAAGGUCGAGUCCCGUUCAGUCGACAAUGACCACAGCGCCAUCUUCGAGCUCUGCCGCGACGUCGACGAGUAAAUCUUCGUCAACGGACUCCGAAGGAGGCGAGGACAGCGCAUCGUCGACCAGCUCCACCUCGUACGCAGGCGGUGACGGUAACGACUCGUCUUCGACUGACUCCUCGACGAGCUCGAGCACCUCAAGCGACCGCGGCAACGGCAACGGCAACGGCAACGGCGGAGAGCAGACUCGCACGAGCGACACCUCGACAUCCUCGUCAUCGAGCUCCUACAGUAGCAGCAGCAGCAGCACUCGCACUCGCACGCGCACCAGCCCCACCACAACACAAACCACUAGCACCAGCAGCACGCACCGUCGCCCUCCCGUCGUGAUCACUCCCGUCGUCACAGUCUCCAAGACGGCCGAUGCAGUCACGAUUGCGCCCGACGCAACGGCCGUGACGGUAGCGGGCGCCUCACGCAAGCAGACACAAGAGUUCACGCAGGUCAACAGCGGUGCCGUACAGGGGGACGACGGGCAGCAGUCCCAGUACACGAGCACCGUGAUCCGUAGCAUCGUCGUUGUGCCCGCGGCGACUACGUCCGUCUUCUCGCAGAGCCAGCCUAAAGGCCAGCAGCAGGGGGAGCUCAACGCCGCGCCAGCUGCCGGGCUGGGACCGAUGGCCAUCUUAGCAUCGACUGUUCUCGCCGCGGCUGCCUAUCUCGCCCUGUAGAGUAGCAUUGCCGUUUGCAUCUGGAUCGCAGCUUCCCAUCCGACGCCUGUAUAAUAGAUCGUAGCGCUGGCACAAUCCAACCGUCUAGAAA